UGCUGGACGUAUGCUUGGAGAAAGGAUAUUUAUUUUGCAUACACUUGUGUAAGUCAUCGUUUUACAUUUCUGCGAAAAGCAGAGCAAGAAAAUGGCGAUGAUUUCUCUGUCGGCUUUGCGAGGUGGUCGCUUCUCGUUGUUUACUCCUUGCCCUUAUCCUCAGCUGUCUGUGGCAAAUAGCAGAUCAAGGAAGCUCAAUUUCGGUCUAUUUCGGUCAAAGGCUUUUACCCUUUUUGCGCAAUAUUCACAAGCACAGGAUCGUUUUUCUUCUCGCCUUCAAGAUAGUAUUCAGAACUUGCCAGAAUUGGUACAGGAUAUUGUCCAGACAUCUAUUAACACGGGUCCUCGUGGAGCCCUAAGGCUGGCUCAAGGUAUUCAAGCAUUUCUUGGAGUUGGUGGGGAGUGGCUGGCAGACGUAUCAAAGUCAACAAAUUCAUCUACUGGAUUGCCCAGCCAAUCACAGCUUGGAUUACUCUCUCCGCUAUAUUUGAGAAAAUUAUUUGAGCGCAUGGGAGCAACCUAUAUUAAACUAGGUCAGUUCAUAGCAUCUGCACCAACAAUGUUCCCACCAGAAUAUGUCAAUGAAUUCCAGAACUGUUUUGAUAAGGCUCCUGCUGUCCCUUUCCAAGAAAUUCAAGCAAUCUUGCGUGAGGAAUUAGGAAGGCCAAUAGAAAGUGUGUAUGAAUAUGUCAACCCAACACCAAUUGCCUCAGCCUCAAUAGCACAGGUUCAUGGGGCACGGCUUAAAGGUUCCCAAGAAGAUGUGGUUAUUAAAGUCCUCAAACCUGGAAUAGAAGACAUACUAGUUGCAGAUUUGAACUUUGUGUACGUUGUUGCUCGCAUAUUGGAGUUUUUAAGUCCUGAUCUUAGCCGCGCAUCACUGGUUGGUAUUAUCAAAGACAUAAGGGAGUCCAUGCUUGAAGAAGUUGACUUCUAUAAGGAAGCUGCAAAUGUUGAGUCCUUUAGGAGAUAUUUAGAGGCGAUGGGACUUACAGCGCAGGCUACAGCUCCAAAAGUCUAUCAGCAUUGCAGCACUCGACGAGUUCUGACCAUGGAGAGGCUGUAUGGAGUGCCUCUCACUGACCUGGAUUCUAUAAGGUCACUUGUUUCUAGUCCAGAGGCCAGUCUUAUAACAGCCCUGAACGUGUGGUUUGGUAGUUUGCUGGCAUGUGAAACUUUCCAUGCAGAUGUACAUGCUGGUAAUUUAUGGUUAUUACGUGAUGGUCGAAUUGGGUUUCUUGAUUUCGGAAUUGUAGGUCGCAUAUCCCCAAAGACAUGGGCUGCUAUGGAAGUGUUUCUGACAUCAAUUGCAACUGAAGAAUAUGAGUCUAUGGCAUCUGCGUUGAUUGAAAUGGGGGCUACAAACAAGGAUGUUGAUGUUAAUGCCUUUGCAAGAGACUUGGAAAAGAUAUUUUCAUCAAUACAGGAAUUGGAUACAGAAAUAGUUGUUGCAACAGCAAGAGAUGCUACUACAGAUGCAACUGCUGUUUCUGCCAAUUUAGUUGUUGAUGAGAGGCAAAUGAAUGCACUUUUCCUCGAUGUGGUUCGUGUCAGUGAAUCAUAUGGACUCAGAUUUCCGAGGGAGUUUGCACUUCUUAUGAAACAGCUCCUUUAUUUUGAUCGGUAUACUCGGUUGUUGGCCCCAAACUUGAACAUGCUUCAGGAUCAGAGGAUUACUAUUGUCUCAAAUCGUAGUAGUUAUAGGAACACUUUCAAAUGAAUCUUGGAUAUAUAGGUGUAUUGGUGUACACUUCUUUUCUUAUGUAAAUGCAAACAUGCAACCGAUGGAGCUACUUCAAAAUACGAUCUACAGAAGGAUUAAGUAGGAAACAAAUAUACUCCACAUGAUAUGGGAAAGAACGUCUACAAUACCGUUGUAUUUUGUGUUUAUAUUGGAAGGAAUACAGUAGUUAGUAAUUCCUUUCCAUGGGGAAUAUAUGUUUACUGCUGUGCUUUUUGUAUCACCUCCUUCCCAUAUUGCACUGCUCCUGUUGUGUAAUUUCAUAUGCCUUCAUUUUCUUU